AUGCAGGAGCAUAUGCUACGUGUCCUUCAGAUUACACCACCACAGGGUGUGCCUGUGGAAUGGGCUGUGGCUCUUAUGACAUCCAGUCUCAGAACACUUGUCACUGUCGCUGCGCCAAUAUGGACUGGACAACAGCCCGCUGCUGCAAGGUCGUGUCUAAGUAGAGUCUGA